UCUGCUGCUGCUGGUGCUGCUGCUGCUGGAGCCUUCUCUGCCCAGCCUGGUGGAGCUGGUGGUGGGUCCCUCUGGGGAGAAAGCCAGGGCUCCUUGCUUGCCUCCUCCGAAGGGGGAAAGGGAGGGAGGAAGGACCUGGGGAAGAAAGGGAGCCCCCCAGCCAGCCAUGGGGUUGGAGAAGGAGAAAAUGGACACCCAGAUCUUCAUGGAUGAGGACGGGUUCCAGCGCAGCGGCAGCCCAGCUCUGUCUGAGAAGGAGGAGAAGAGCCUGGAGAAGAGCCCCGACAGGGACCCCCACGGAAUCAACGCACACCUCAAGCUAGGAUUUGAGGAUGUGAUUGCUGAGCCGGCCUCCACUCAUUCCUUUGAUCGCAUUUGGAUCUGCAGCCAUGCACUCUUUGAGCUGAGCAAAUACUUGAUCUACAAGCUCCUGACCCUUUUCCUUGCUAUUCCCCUGGCCCUGAUCGCAGGACUCCUCUUUGCCGUGCUCAGCUGCCUCCACAUCUGGAUUGUGGUGCCCUUCAUAAGGUCUUGCCUGUUGGUAUUGCCCUCUGUGCAGGCUAUGUGGAAGAGCAUAACAGACCUUUUUGUUGCACCCAUGUGUCGCAGUGUAGGAAGGUGCUUUGCUGCAGUUGACAUACGUCUGGACCAAGAGUGAACAUCUGGGAUUGGACACUUCUCCGCUCUUCCAUCAAGUUAAACAUACUUGCUGACAUAGCAUGGAGACACUUAACCAUUCAUUCCAAAAGUACUACUGUUUAAAUGGCUGGCUGCUUUUUGUUCUUCAGUUGCAUUGCACUGUUUUCUAGAAAGAAAGCUUGCUCUGGGGAAGGGGAAAGAAUUAUUUAAAACUUGCCAUGUUUUUAAUUGAAAAAUAACAAGCUUUGGCAAUGCUUUAUUUAAUGGUACUGUAAAUUCAUCUGGUUCUUAAAGAUGUGUCCUUGAGGAUAUACAUGGCCACGUCAUCAUAGUACUCAGCUACUCUGAAGUGUGAAUGGGGGAUCUCACUAUGUGCUCUGUCGGCUGUAUCCAUAUCUUUUGGAGUGCACAGUUUUCUUGAAAGUUAUAUCGGUUUUCAUCUAUUAUCUAAAUUCCAGUGGUCACACUUCCACUUUCCUCAGCAGCUGAUUCCUUGUAGAAUCUAUCAGUUUCUUGCAUAAUCCAGUUGCGAAGCUUCCUCAGAGUACUGAGCUGAGUCCAUGGGCAGCUGUAACUUAGUACUGGGAGCAGGGAAUUUGAGCCAUAGAUUGCAUUUGAGCUGGAGCCUAGAAUGCAUUUGUCCUAUUGAUCAGCCAUGGACCAAUGUUUAGAGUACGCCAAACUAAUCCAAAAGCCACAUAUUGAUUGUCAGUCACAGAGGCUAAUGUUGCAUUUCCCUUCUUCCAUUCUGGAAAAAGGCUAUAGAAUAAUGGUGAUCGACUAUGUGAGGGGCCAGCGGCCAAUUCCCCAUAGUUUCUGUAUGGACAGUAAGUCCAAAUACCUCCACCUUCUUCUGCAGUCCCUCUCAAAUGACAUUUAAUCACUUCCUGUCACCAUUUUGAGAGGGGCUUCAGAGGAGAACAGAGAUGGAAGAUAGUACAGGUUCUAGGGUGAUUGUGUGGUGGGAUAUUUUCACAUGUUUUUAUGCCUUUGGGAGGCUUUCUGUAUGGUUUGGGAGAAAAAAAUGCCUGGAAAUCAUACUUUCUUUUGGGGGAUUUGGGGGUUCAGGGAUCAUAAAAGUGGGAUCAAUAGCCUACUCCUGCUGUAGAACCUAUGUACAGACAUUCCUGGGUAGUACAUCAGACUAGGUUCCAGCUCAUAGACUCCUAUUUCAGGCACUGGAAUUUCUGACAAAAUGGAACUCAGCUAUACAAGCAUUAGGCACACAUGGAGAGCCCCUGCUAAAAGAAGAAUGCUUGUAGCCACUCCCUUUCAUUCAAGUGAACAGACAAACAUUUUCAAUAAUUCUACAUGGUUUUGAGAGAACAUAGGAUGACAAAUCACCAUCCUUCAGGCAAUUGAGAGAACCCUGACUUAUCAUUGCUUUAUCCUGAAGGAUGUAUUUCUUAAAAGCAUCUUUAUGAUUUUCACUCUCUGUCUUAGAAUGUUAUCCAUUUCUUCAGGAGAUGUGAAUUGAGUUCGGAAUUCAAAGAAGCACACUUGAAAAUUUUACACAAAAUUGUGUGAAGAAAGGGACAUAAUUAAAUACUUCUGCUAUUCAGAUUCCUAAGGAUCAAAACAAAGACGAAGCAUUGCUCCAAAAAUCACUCUUCAAGAUAAGGUGUUAGUUUGGAGUAGGCAGUAAAUCCUAAUUCUUUAUUUAAUGAACCUUUUGACUUGGUUGUAUAUACAGUACUUUGUUUCUGUGUAAAUGGUGUUGGAUAGGUUACCUUGUAGGUUUAUUUUUACAGUCCUGAUAUUCUUGCCAUGUGGGAUGCUCAGGUGAUCUGCUGUUGGGCAUGGAAAGGCUAUACCAUGCACACAAUCUGCAAAGGUUUCUGCACAGGAAAAAAAUAGGAUCUUGAAUUAUCUUCUGAACCAAGAAGUCAAUGCAGGAUCCUGUUGUGCCUCAGAGGCCAGAGUAUCCCAUUUUGAAGUAGAUGCUACCAAUCUCUAAACUCAACAAUCUGUGGAUAUUUUCUUGCACAGGGGGAUGUGAAUGUCUGCUGAUCUGUGUUCCUGAUAUGUGCAGUUUCCAUGUGCAGAAAUGCAGAAAUGCCAGCAUGUAGCACUUGACUAUCUGUAUAGAGUAAGGCCAAUGAAUUUCUAAACGACCGGAGUUUGUUGUCCAGAUCAUUGCUUCCUGGGUAUGAGGGGGCAACCAUUUCCCCCAUAUGUGCCAUUGAGUUCAUUCUUUUGUCAGGGACUGGCAGCCACUGGCUGAGGGACCUGCAUCAUUACAAGGCCACCAUUCUGAGUAGCACUCUUCUAGAGUAUCCAAGCCAUCAACUAAAAGACUCAUAUGUAGUUCAGAUCAGACCAAAGACUUUGUACAAUUCCAUUUUAAUACUUAAAUCUUGUAAUACAGCUAUGCAAAAGAUACCAAAUAUGUAUUUUUAAAAAUAUUUUUAUUAAAUUUAUCUAUAUAACAUUCAAGAUUUUAUGCCUUUGCAGUUUAGCAAUGUCACUGUUUAAUGAUCACAAAAAUAAACCUUUUGCUGACACUUCAGCUGGUGGGACGUUCUCUUACAAAAAGAAACAGAAGCAUUAAUCUGGUCUCCAGUCUUGCAACUAUGUUAUUAUUGAAGCCUAAUGCCAAAGGUCAUUGUGCAUACAUUUAAUAUAGCUAUAAGAGUGCAGUGUGCAUGCCAUGCAACGUGCAACCUGCAUUCAUUUGAAACUCAGCUGUACUGUUCAUGUAACGGUGUACUCCCCCCCCCCCAAGAAUUUCAUUGUGGUGCAAACCAAAACACUUUCUCCAAAGUGUUAUUUAAUUGAAUAUUUUAAGUUGCUUUUUUUCAUACAUGAAAACAAAAAAUAAUUCCCACAACUCUGUGCAGCUUUUUAGAUAUGAAUUAGACAUUUUGAUUGACUCCUGCAAAUCAAAACUGUCAAAAACCUUGCUCUAGAAUUGAAGGGUAUUAAGUGAACAACCUAUCAGAGUAUAAAACAGUGAAAUAAAACUCUUGGUGAUUUUUUCUAAUGAAGAGGGCUGCUAUCUUUGGGAAAUGUGGUUGUUUUUUGCUUGUAAAUUUAAAUACUGUAAUUUGGAGUGGCUUUAGGUGGCCAAAUUUGCAAUCAAUUAUGCACCUGCCUGGGAAUAAAUUUCAUUUGAGUUCAGGAGAUCUUCUUUCUGAGUAAACAUGCAAGGACUGGGAUACCUUAGAAUUUAACUGUGUAUGCACCUCACAUUAGUGAGUAAAACAGAAUACAUUAAUAAACA